GUGACGGUCAGGGCUGCAGCUCUGCAACGCACCGUUAGACUUCACAUCGGCGUCCGCCUUUCUAGCAAUGCAAUCGGGGUGGUCGCACUGAUCCAGAGAACCUUUUCUGAAACAUCUGCGGUCGGCCGGCUAUUUUUGAGCCUCGUUCACCUUCCCUUGAAGAUGAAGUUAAAUACGAGCUGCCGUCAGGUGCAACCCGCAUCCGAUGGAGCCCUGCUUUUUAUCUCGUUCAUCGAGCAACCCUAUGCAGCACUUCCUUAUGUUGCGGCCCCAGCUGACGGAUUCUGAUAUGGACUAUGAGAGACCAAACGUUGAAACUAUCAAGUGUGUGGUGGUAGGAGACAAUGCAGUUGGGAAGACCCGCCUCAUCUGUGCCCGGGCUUGCAAUGCCACCCUGACUCAGUACCAGUUGCUUGCUACACAUGUGCCCACAGUCUGGGCAAUUGACCAAUAUAGAGUAUGCCAAGAGGUUUUAGAGCGUUCAAGAGAUGUUGUGGAUGAUGUCAGCGUGUCCCUUAGGCUUUGGGAUACUUUUGGAGACCAUCAUAAGGACCGACGUUUUGCAUAUGGCAGGUCUGAUGUUGUGGUAUUGUGCUUCUCGAUCGCCAAUCCCAACUCUUUGUACCAUGUGAAGACUAUGUGGUACCCUGAGAUCAAACACUUCUGCCCCCGGGCUCCUGUCAUCUUGGUAGGAUGUCAGCUGGACCUGCGCUAUGCUGACCUGGAGGCUGUGAACAGGGCACGGAGGCCUUUAGCUAGACCAAUUAAAUCCAGUGAGAUUCUUCCUCCAGAAAGAGGCCGGGAGGUGGCCAAAGAGCUGGGAGUGCCAUAUUAUGAGACCAGUGUUGUCGCUCAGUUUGGAGUCAAGGACGUAUUUGACAAUGCUAUCCGAGCUGCGCUCAUUUCGCGUCGCCACCUGCAGUUUUGGAAAUCUCAUCUCAGAAAUGUCCAGCGGCCUCUCCUUCAGGCACCCUUCUUGCCACCAAAACCUCCCCCACCUAUAAUCACUGUGCCUCCUCCCCCUACCACCACAGAGGAGCAUCCAGCCGGUCUUCUCGAAGACCCACACUGUGCUGAUGUCAUCCUGGUCCUGCAGGAGCGACAGAAAAUCUUUGCACACAAGAUAUACCUGGCGACAUCCUCUUCAAAGUUCUAUGACCUCUUUAUUAUGGACAUGCAAAAUGAGGAGACUGAAAAGCCCCCUCGUGGUCCAAUCUCUGGGCGAGAGCUGCUGAUGCGUGCUGCUAGCUUUGAUGUUUGCGAGAGCAGCGAUGAUGGAGACAGGGCCAAUCUAAGGGCCUGCACUAGUGACGGGACCUUGAAAGACUCUGAGGGCAGCCGGCGGGGCAGACUACUCUCCACAUGGAGCCGAGCCUUUGUCAGCAUCCAGGAAGAGCUCGUGGAUGACCCUGUAACAUAUAGCCCCAGGCCCAUGACUGUAGUCCACAUGGACCAGUCCAUGCAGCUCGGUCCUUUUCGAGCAGUACUUCGCUACUUGUACACUGGCCAGCUAGACGAGAAUGAAAAAGAGCUAAUGCACAUUGCACACAUUGCUGAGCUGCUGGAGGUGUUUGACCUGCGGAUGAUGGUGGCAAACAUACUCAAUAAUGAAGCCUUCAUGAACCAAGAAAUCACCAAAGCCUUCCAUGUACGGCGAACAAACAGAGUCAAAGAGUGCUUGGCCAAAGGCACUUUUUCAGAUGUAAUAUUCAAGCUAGAUGAUGGGACGAUCAUGGCCCACAAGCCUUUACUCAUCUCUAGCUGUGACUGGAUGGCAGCUAUGUUUGGCGGGCCUUUUGUGGAGAGCUGCACCAAAGAGGUCCUCUUUCCCAACACAACUCGCAGCUGUAUGAGGGCCGUGCUAGAAUAUCUGUACACGGGGCGCUUUUGUUCUCGGCCGGACCUGGAUGCAAUGGAGCUCAUUGUUCUUGCCAAUCGACUUUGCCUCCCCCACCUGGUUGCACUUACAGAACUCUACACAGUAACAGUGCUCACGGAGGCAGCGAUGAUGGGGGCUGACAUUGAUGGAGAUGUGCUGGUGUACUUGGAUAUGGCCCAGUUCCAUGGUGCCCAGCAGCUAACUGGUUGGUGUCUUCACCACAUCUGUACCAACUACAACAGCAUCUGCCGCAAGUUCCCCCGAGAUAUGAAGGCCAAAUCUGCAGAGAACCAAGAGUACUUUGAGAAACAUCGCUGGCCACCAGUGUGGUACCUGAAAGAAGACGACCACUACCAAAGAGCACGCAAGGAGCGUGACAAGGAAGACUACCUGUACCAGAGGCGGCAAUGUAAACGCAAGUGGCUCUUCUGGAACCUCCCUUCCUCUCCUAACUCGAACUCUCCAUCUUCUGGCUCAUCUGCUGUCAUCUGAUCGAGUGGUAAGGACAGGUCCGCUCUGCAAUGCGUCAGUGGGGGGGACGCAAGCUGAAAAAGAUACAGUUGAAAAUAAGCACUGCUGGCUAGAUAUGCCCCAAUUAUUCAGGCACACAGUUACUCCUACUGUUUGCUUACCUCUGUAGUCAAACAACACUCCAGGUUUGCAAGCUCGGCUCAGUCUGGCGGUCAAAGUUAUGACUUUUGUUUCUUAGAUUUUUAGCUUGUUAUACAUGAGACUCAAAUCUCAGUGAUAUGAACCUUACUGACAAAUGGCACAGUAUAACUGGCGCAAAUAUCAGCUCAUAUGGAUUGUUGUGUGUUCCAUCACCUGAGUUUUAAGUGUUUAAAAAAAAAUAGGACUCUGCUGGCACAGAACUUUUCACCCGUGAUCACAGUUGUCAUCAGUUGACUUGAACUGAUAACCAAGUGCUGCUUAUCAGCUGCAACAACCAGCAAUUCAACACAGAACUUAAUUCUCAGAGAUUUAACACUUUGCCCUUAAGUGUUUUUACAAUCUACCAAACUAUGUGUACAGUAUGAGCUCAUCAGCAGGAUGUAACAAUAGCAUGAUGGCCUGCCUGGAAACAGUUACUGCAGUCGUUCAUUCCAAUCAUGCCUGUUACGAUCAUGUAUGCAUAAAUGAUAAAAUACUGGUAACUUCUGCUCAUGUAUAUUUUUGUACAGUCAUUCUGUUUUUGAAUGUUUGUGUACCGCUUGCAUAGCUGAAAGCGACGCAAGUCUGGACACGAUCAACUUGCGAUUUGUGGCCUCUUGUCUCAAAAGGGCUGUCAUUUACAUGAAUCGAUUCAGUGUCCUGCGACACAAGAGAUCCCAACUCAAAGAAAGAAUCUGUCUUUUCUGUAAAAUGCCAGCAAACACAAACCAGAUCACCAAUAUUUACGACAUGUUGCUUGAUGAGGAUUUUUAGCACAUUUCCUGAAUCAGUCCUACACUGAAUAGUUCCGUCAUCUUCCCAGAAAGUAACACAUCUGAAUCAAUGGCAGCAUUUCUAGAGCUGAAGAGACCACAUGGACAUCACCAUCCCUCUGUGACAGUUAUGUGCAUCUUUCUCUGGUGGUGAUUUGGCCUUUAGAGAUUUAUCUUAAUCGAUUAGAGGUUGCAGCUGGAUAUUUGAGACUUGCACAUACAGGAGGCCUCCUCAUCAGCCGUGUGUGAAGUCAUCCAUACUCUUCUUGGUUUUGUUUCUUUUUUUUUUUUUGAAAAAAGGAACUGGGGAGACUACAUGGCUAAGAUGUUCAAAAUGUUUCCAAAACAGUUGCAAAGAGGUUUCAAUCAAAUCAUUUUUCUUGAUUUGCUUUUGCACGCCUCACAGUAUAUGUUCAAAACUGUCAUCUACUGUUGAACUUGAUUGUCGGAGGGGCUGCAGCAUUUGGAUUAGCAGUCACAGUGCUCAGUGAAGAUGGGUACUAUUGUAAAUUGUAUAAAUUAUCACUAUAAUGUGCUGUUACCUAAUAUUGUGCACUGCAGGCAGUGAGCAGAAUCAUACAGUAUUACUGAGUAAUACAUACACUGAAUACAGACUAGACUUCUCUGACUUGCAUUUAGUUACUGUGCAGCUAAAAACAGUUGUUUAAUACUCAUUGUGCUUACCUCCAUUAUAUAUCUUAGUAUACAUACAAUUUACAGGCAGUUCAAGUAUACAGUUUACUACUAGUAAAAUAGGAUUACAGUGCAUAGUAAAGUAGACAUGUUGCAUUAUAAAGAUCUAUAGUCAUAAAACAUGCUAAUGCUAUAAAAAAAAAUCUAUUCCAGUUGCAGCAUUUGCUUUUAAAGCUUGCUUUAAUCCAUUAUGAUGAUUCUUUUCAACAGCAUUUUCAAAUAGACUUAAUUAGAGCACAGCAAAGAGUUUAAAAUGAUUAAGUGGUAUGAAUCAGUUCAGUGACAAAAGCUAAAUUCAUUGCUUGUAUUAAUUCCUGGAACAAUAACUACACUGCAUGAACACCGCCCGCCAAAAUAGAUGACGUUCAUUUGCAGUCAUUUAAAAUGUAAGAUAUAUUAGUGGUGGUUCUGGUGUUCUGUUGCUAAGCAAAAUUAGGAAGUUUCAUUUUGCGGUAUUUUAAUCAGCAGCAUAAAUGAUCAGACAGGCGAAGACACCAGUUUUAUCCUCAUUAUGAAUGUUUUAAAGUACUCGACUAUUUGAGCAAUAGAUACUGUGUAGUUCACACAAAGUAUAGUUUCGUGUAUUUUAGCAGCAGGGGUGUCUAUAUUGCUAUAGCUUGCCUUGAUAGUACGACUGAUAAGGUUCAUAAACAUGAUUUCCAUUCCUCGGUGCAUUGCAUUUCUCAGCAAAUCUGCUGUUUUGCAUCAAGAACACCUCAUGCCUUAAUGUACAGUGUACUGUAGUGUGUGCUGUUGAAUGUCAAGUUGUGUUACAGUGGUCACUAGUUUGUUUGCUAUAUCUUAAGCUACCAUGGUGCUCUCUAGGCUGUGUUUGUAUCUGUAAAUGUACAUAAUCCAUCAUUUGGAUGUAAAGCCGUCAGUUGGUGUGUGAUUCAAGGAGUCCAGUGAAUGUGCGUUAGUUUGAACACUGCUGAAGGAUUAGGACUUUUUUUUUUUAAGCUGAAAGACAAGACUAAUUAAAUACUCUGACCAUUAAGGCCACAUUAGACUAAUGACAAACCAUCAAAUUUGUGACAUUAAUCAUGAAAUGAAUGCAGGGAUUUCAAUUUUUUUUUUAAAGUUUCUUUAUGUGCUCCAAUGAGCUCCAAUUUCUGAGACUGAAUAAUGACAAAAUGCAAAGACAGUGUGGACACUGGAAGCUAGACGGUAACUCAAAAUGUAAAUAUAUAUAUUUGAUGACUUCUGCAAGUCGAUCUCGGCAUAGCAAUUGAUACAAGCUAUUGCAUAGGUUAACGUACAUACUGUUUUGUACUAUGCAUACUGAAAUGUCUGACUUUGAAACUACGAACUUGCACUGCUUUGUAGCACCGGGCUCUAUUCAAAUUGCAUUAAGGGGUAUUGCAACAUCAUUACAUAAGUAGACAACAUCAGGUUAAAAAAGGAAAAAAAAAAAAAUAAAUAAAAAUUAGUUAUUACUGGGCACCUUUUCCAUUUGUUUGGGUGCUAAUAUCACAGCUGCAGAGAAGCACAAACCAAAGGGAGCUUUAGCAGCACCAGGAAUAUAUAUUAUAUGCUGCACAAUCACUACUGCAUAGUUUAAGAGGCCUUGAUCAGAAAUGGUUGAAAAUUAAAUGGGAAAAAAAAAGAGAAAAGAAAAAAACUUGAAUGUUUUCUCAGUGUUCAAAGCCUGGAUGACACUUUGUUUAGUCACCAGGUUUGUUGUUGUUGUUUGUUUUCCCUUUUUGUUCUCAAGAGCUGUUUUUAUUGUUUGGGAGCUGUAAUUAUGAAA